AUGGCUGACUCCCCCGCUUCCACGAAUAGCGCACUGCCUGGCGAGUCGCCUGCCCAGACUAAGGCCAGAUUGCGGAGAGAGCGUCUAGCCGCCAAAAGUGGUGCCUCUCGUCUUCAACAGAUCACUGCUCUACAAGGCGGCCCACCAAAAGAUCUCAAGGAAAUUGAGAAAGAUGUGCCAGGUAACCAUGCUCCCCCCUCCCAGCAGAUUAGUAUCCACAUAGUCAAUUCUAGCUCCGUCCUACAACAGCGUGAAGGCACGGCUAAUCGCGUUCUAGUCAAACCCGCCUCUACCCCAUCCCAGUUCACACCCGCUGCCUCUGGCACGGCUACUCCAGAUCCAGAUGAGGUGGAUAUCUCACAGCACCACUACGCGCCCGCCUCGCAGCCUCGUCUCCCGUCCCCCUUUGCUUUCGAGGGAAACCAGUCUGGCCCGUUCGGCCCCGGGCCCGGUUCCGAUGCAUCGCAGGAUCCUAUGAUGGCUAUGCUGCAGCAGAUGAUGGGCGCUGGGGCCGGCGGUAUGCCUGGCAUGCCUGGUGCUCCAGGUCAAGCCGGUGCGCCACCUGGCGGUCUGCCACCUAAUCUUGCCAAUAUGUUUUCCGCGAUGCAGGGUGGUGGCGGUGCCUCUGAGCCGUCACCAGAGCAAUCUUCGGCCUGGAUCUGGCGGUUGGUACACUCUGUCUUCUCGUUUGGUCUUGCCGUCUACAUUGUCCUACAAACCCCCUUUACUGGAACCAAACUGUCACGCGAUAAUGUACUCGAUGAUGACUGGACCUCCCAAUCCACUCCGGCGCAGAACUUUGCGCACUUCUUCUACCUCUUUGCGACUUUCGAGGUUGUCUUACAGUCCUCGCGCUAUUUCAUCGAAAAGGGCCAAUUAAGGGGGAGCGGUAUCCUCAGCACAGUGGCUGGAAUCCUGCCGGCGCCGUAUUCAGGCUAUGUGCGGACUGUGGGCAGGUACAGCGUCAUCUACAGUACAGUUGUGAGCGACGCUAUGGUAGUAGUAUUUGUCCUAGGCGCCACAAGCUGGUGGAGGGGUGCUGAAGUUGCAUAA